AUGCGGCGCCCGCCGAGGCUUGGGGGCUUCGGUGGUCUGCGGCUGCUUGUUGGCCUCCUCCUGCUAAACAGCAGCCCUGGGGACUGCGGCGACGUUGAUGGCCAGGGCCAAGUGGGAGUGGGACAGCUCUGGUCUCUCCAAGGGCUCACCGCUCCAGUCUUCCGGCACGUGCAAGUUGUACUCCAGCAGAUCAUACCUCAUGGUCUGUUCUGGAAGAAUGACAUCACCCAGGAUGUGAUGACCCAAAAGAUGGGACACAUCAGCAGACUCUACCCCCAAGAUUCAUGUAUGAGAGACGGGAAGGCAGUCUUCCCCACUAAAACCAAUGGGGUGAGAGGCAAGAAAGAGGAUAAACUUCAACUCCUAUUCCCCAAGAGCCCAGUAGCCAAGAUGAACAAAGAUCAAUGCUUUACCUCCAAUGUAGUUUCAAAGACCUUGAAAAGAGAGGCAGCGCACCCUGCCAAGGGCUUCUUCGAGCCACUCCCCACUGUAGGCCACAACCUGGUCGCUGACUGAGACCUCAUGAGACAUCUCCCCACUCCAGGCCUUCCCAGGGAACAGUUCUCAGCCAACCCACAUCUGGAUCAUUAAAGUGAAAUUUCAUG